GAUAGUGCUCCGAGCAUAAGGGAAGAACGGGGGGAGACAUGUGUCUGAACCCCUGGGCUGUGCACCCUGGGGGACCCCACGUUGGGGUAAACGAAGGAGUCAGUGCACCCCAGGACCCCCGGCUGGGGGGGAGUCGCGAACCGCAAGACCCCUUCCUUGGUUCCCGGUUCCUGGGGACCCCCGGGAAGAGCCCGGAGUAGUGCCGCAGGGGCCGGGGGCGGAGACUCCGCCGCUACGGGAGAGGAGGCUCCGCAUGGGGAGGGGGCGCCUGGAGGACAAGCUCCGCCCCCCGCCCCCGCCGGAAGGUAAAGGGAGGCGGUGGCCGGCGCUCGGCGAGCCAGACCGGCAGCGCACGCAGCGGGGGCGACCGGCGGGGACCGGGUGGCACCGAGCGAGUCGGAGCGGGCUCGCCGCCAACGCGGUCACGUGCGCGCCCCUCCUCUCCUCUGUCCUCCCCCGCGCGCAGCGCUCUCCAUUCAUAAAUUCUCCGCCUGAUCCGCGGCCACCGGGCGCGGGAGCCAGCCGGGAGCGCCGCGCAGCCGCCCGGCCGUCGCUCAUGGGUCGCGCGCCCCGGCGCUGAGCAGCGCUCAGCCGAGGGGGACCUGUACCUUCCCGAAUCGUGACCCGGCGGUCCCCGCGCUCAGCCCCCGGGCCCCCUCCACCGCGGGGUCCCGCUGCUCCGAGCCAGUCUCCCGGGGCCGAGGCGGCCCUUCCCUCACCCCUGAUGGGCAGGCAGGGCCCCCGGGGUCUCCCGGGCAUGAGCUGACAGCCUCAGUUUCCCCGUUCUUCUAGGCUGGGCCCCUGGCCUAGUGCCACCUUGUCUGGCCGGCCCCACCGGCUGAGGAAACGGUUGAUACGCACACGCCUCCCCGGGUUGGAAGAUGGGGCACGCAGGCCCGGCCACCGGGCGCUGAUCUGAGCGGAGAGGGGCUGCCUCGGGGUUCACCCCACCCGUCCGGGAGCCACUGCCCUGUGUGGGCUCCUGCCCCCGCCGGGAUGGGGCAGGGGACGGGGGCGCCAGAGCUGAGCAGGCCCUCCCCCCCUUCAGGUCCCUCCUCCUAGCCUCACAAUGCAGCCCACUGCCACCGUUGCCACGGCUGCCCCCAGCGCUGCCACCAUUGCCCUGACCGCAACAUGGGACAACUCUACCAGCCGCCCCACAGCGGAGCCCGACCACAUCCUGGACAGCCAUGUGCUGCGGCUGGUGGUCAUGUCGCUCCUCGUGGGGGGCACUCUCGUGGUGCUUUCAGGGGUGCUGCUCCUGUGUAAGCGCUGCUGGGAGGUCCACCGGCGCCUCAACAGAGCCACGGAGGAGACAGAGAAGGCUGCUGCCACCUACCUGGACAGUGGCACGCACCCUGCGCAAGACCCCGACUUCAGGGGGGAGGACCCCGAGGGCCAGGAUGCCGAGACGGAGGGCUUCCUGUCCACCAGCUCCAUGGGCCGUCGUGUGUCCUUCAACGAGGCAGCCCUGUUCGAGCAGAGCCGGAAAGCACAGGACAAGGGCCGCCGGUACACCCUGACUGAGGGGGACUUCCACCACCUGAAGAAUGCCCGUCUCACCCAUCUGCACCUGCCACCCCUCAAGAUCGUCACCAUCCACGAGUGUGACUCUGGGGAGGCCAGUGCAGUCACCACGCCACAUGCCAUGGCCACCCCCAAGGCCAGCCUCGCUAUAUUCCAGCCCCCGGGGAAGGCCCUCACCGGCCGCUCCGUGGGCCCCAGCUCCGCCCUGCCAGGUGACCCCUACAACUCGGCCGCAGGCCCUGCUGACUUCGAGAUCAGCCCCUCGGCAUCCAGCGCCUCUGGAGAAGGAACCUCGCUGGAUGCGGAGGCCAGGAGCCCAAAGCCUGGAGGGACAGCAGCUGCCGCAGGGCCCGGGGAGCCGGGCCCAGGCUCCGGGGCAGGCCCCGUCCUGCAGUUCUUCACCCGUCUGCGGCGCCAUGCCAGCCUGGAUGGGGCCAGCCCCUACUUCAAGGUCAAGAAGUGGAAAAUGGAGCCCAACCAGCGAGCAUCCAGUCUGGACACAAGAGGCUCUCCCAAGCGGCACCACUUCCAGCGUCAGCGGGCCGCCAGCGAGAGCACGGAGCAGGAGGAGGGGGGUGCCCCCGACGUGGACUUCAUCCAGUACAUCGCCAGCGCGGGUGGCACCGUGGUCUUCCCGCCCCCCAGCCCCUUUCUGACCAGCCCCACCAGCCCGUCCCCCGCUCUCGGCAGGCUAGAGGCGGCGGAGGAGGCUGGCGCCGCGGGAGGAGCGAGCCCCGAGUCUCCUGCGGAAUGCGGCGCUGGCGUGGGGCCUGAGCAGCAGACGGAGUCGGAUGGCGAGCGGGACGCGGGGCCCGAGCAGGCGCAGACCAUCUACCGUGACAUCUGGAGCCUGCGCGCCUCGCUGGAGCUGCACGCAGCCGCCGCCUCCGACCACAGCAGCAGCGGCAACGACCAUGACUCGGUGCGCAGCGGCGACAGCUCGGGCUCCGGCUCCGGGGGUGCCGCUCCCGCCUUCCCGCCGCCCUCGCCACCACCCACGCCCCGGCCCACGGACAGCGAGGCGGGCGGGCCGCGCAAGCUGCUGCAGAUGGACAGCGGCUACGCCAGCAUUGAGGGCCGCGGCGCCGGCGAGGACGGGCCGCCCAGCGCCUCGGAGAAGCGCUCCUCCUUCACGAGCGCGGGCCGCGCACCCACCGUGGGCGGCAGCUUCGAGGGCGCCCCGGACGAGGCCUCCGCUGAGAUGCCUGUGCGACCCCGCAGCCCGCGCGCCUGGCCCCGCCGCGCGCCGCGCCGCGACUACAGCAUCGACGAGAAGACAGACGCGCUUUUCCACGAGUUUCUGCGCCACGACCCGCACUUCGACGACGCGCUGCCCGCCGGCGUGCGCCAUCGCGUGCGCGCCCAUGCCCACCCACACGCGCGCAAGCAGUGGCAGCGCGGCCGGCAGCACAGCGACCCCGGCGCGCGAGCCGCGACCCCUGGCACCGACCCCCGACCCCCCCGCGCGCCCCUGCGCCGCGGCGACAGUGUCGACUGCCCGGCCGAUGGGCGCGCGGGAGACCCCCCGGCCGUGCCUGCGGGCGCCCCUAUCCCGGCCAUAGAGGAGGAGCCGGGCGGCGGCUGUCCCGGCUCUGGCCUGUGCGCCGCGCCCCCACCAGUGCUGCUGGGCAAGCUGGUGGCCGGCCUCGACGGCGGACUCUUCGCGCCGCGCCUCGAGCAGCCCGCUGCCCCUGUGCUGGCCACGGCCGCGCCCACGUCCCCUGACCACAGCCCGGCUUAGGGCGCCCAGGGCCCAGCCCCCCACAGCGGCCUCGAGGGUGGCGCCCAGAAGCGGGACGCGAACGCUGGGUGUACCCGGGGCUUGCGGCUGCGCCAGGCGCUUGUGCGAAGCCCUGUGUCCGGCCGCAAGUCCGAGAGGUGCGCUGGGUCUGCGUGCGCGGGAGCCUCCACCAGAGCGCAUGCGCCAAGCCCGCCAGGGCCGGGAUCGCCGGGCCCCAGGGGUCGGUAGCGAGCGCGCUGGACCGGGUGACCGGGGCCACCAACUCUCGAAGCCGUUUACCUCACCGCGGCGUGUGCUCGCGGCAGUCCGCGCCCCUCCGAGCAAUAACCACCCCUCCGCCCCUGCAUGUGAGCGUGCCGCCCGCCCCACUGCCUCGCCGUGCGAAGAGCCCGCGCUUCCUCAGUGUUGAGACUUGACAAAACCAAUGGCCAAGUUCUCACGUUUCCCAAGCUUUAUUUAUUGCCAAAAACGCGGGGCCGCCCCGCCCUGCCAAGCUGUGUGCUGUCUGCGUCCUGCCCAGUGACGGAGCCCCUGGCUGUGUUUUCCGGUUGACUAUAAAUAUUUACUGCA